AUGAGAAGUGGUAAUCUUGGGUCUGUCUUGACUUGUAGCCACCCUACAUCAUGUUGCAGUGCAGCAGAGAUUAUGUCUGUGCUAUUUUUCCAUACCAUGAGGUACAAAGUGCAAGAUCCCAGAAACGCCAGCAACGACCGGUUUGUUCUUUCAAAGGGUCAUGCAGCACCAAUUUUAUAUUCUGUUUGGGCAGAGGCUGGCUUUCUACAGGAAGCAGAAUUACUGAACUUGAGGAAAAUUGAUUCUAUCUUAGAGGGACACCCAGUACCAAGACAAGCAUUUACUGAUGUAGCUACUGGAUCCCUUGGUCAGGGUCUUGGUGCUGCAUGUGGAAUGGCAUACACCGGCAAGUUCUUUGACAGAGCCAGCUAUCGAGUAUAUUGUCUGCUUGGAGAUGGAGAGUUAUCUGAAGGCUCUGUUUGGGAGGCAAUGGCCUUUGCUGGGUUUUACAAGCUUGAUAAUCUGGUUGCUAUAAUUGAUGUUAACCGUCUUGGACAAAGUGACCCUGCCCCUCUGCAGCAUCAUGUUGAAAUUUACCAGAAACGGUGUGAAGCCUUUGGCUGGCAUGCUAUCAUCGUUGAUGGACACAGUGUGGAGGAACUUUGCAAAGCCUUUGGCCAGGCCAAACAUCAGCCAACGGCUAUCAUUGCAAAGACUUUUAAAGGCAAAGGCAUAUCAGCUGUUGAAGAUAAGGAAAGCUGGCAUGGAAAGCCCCUUCCAAAAAACAUGGCCGAACAAGUCAUUCAGGAAAUAGAUGACAAAAUCCAAAACAAGAAAAAGCUUUCUCCAGCCCUCCCAGAAGAAGACGCACCUGUAAUAAAUAUUAGAAACAUUAAGAUGCCAUCUCCACCAACUUACAAAGUGGGAGAAAAGUGGGCUACCCGCAAAGCUUAUGGUGUUGCACUUGCAAAACUGGGCCAUGCUAAUGAUCGAGUGAUUGCUUUGGAUGGAGACACAAAGAACUCCACCUUUGCAGAGCUUUUUAAGAAAGAACAUCCCAGUCGCUACAUUGAAUGCUACAUUGCUGAACAGAACAUGGUGAGCAUUGCAGUUGGUUGUACCACUCGUGACAGAACUGUUGCUUUUGCCAGCACCUUUGCAACCUUCUUCACACGGGCGUUUGACCAGAUCCGUAUGGCUGCCAUCUCUGAGAGUAACAUCAAUCUCUGUGGGUCGCACUGCGGUGUUUCUAUUGGUGAGGAUGGACCAUCUCAGAUGGGACUGGAGGAUCUCUGCAUGUUCCGAGCUGUUCCCACUGCCACUGUGUUUUACCCUAGCGAUGCUGUAGCCACUGAAAAAGCAGUGGAAAUAGCUGCCAACACCAAGGGCAUUUGUUUCAUAAGAACUAGUCGUCCUGAAAAUCCUGUCAUUUACAACAACAAUGAGGACUUCCAUAUUGGACAGGCAAAGGUGGUUCUGAAGAGUAAGGAUGACCAAGUGACUGUGAUCGGAGCAGGAGUCACUCUGCAUGAGGCUCUGGCUGCAGCAGAGCAGCUGAGAAAAGAAAGAAUCUUCAUCCGUGUGAUUGAUCCCUUCACUAUAAAGCCUCUGGAUAAGAAGACAAUACUUGAAAAUGCAAGAGCAACCAAGGGCAGAAUCAUCACCGUUGAGGACCAUUACCAUGAAGGUGAGCUGGGUCCAGAAG